CGCGCCAUUUUCAAGAACACUUGUCGGAAUAAAUAAUGGAGGAAUUUCAAACGACUGACGGCAGAGGAAAACAUAACCAGGUUUUUACAUGGCUGCAGCAAGUCUUUGGCCAAGAUCAUAUUCCCCAGUUUGAGAUAAACAGCUUCACUUUGAAUGUACUGGAACGACUUGCGAAAAGAAAUCUGAAACAGAAUAAGCAUGCUGAACUUGUCACAAAGGACCAUACUCAGAAGACGGUGGAAUAUUCUGCUGAAGUUGAAAGACUCAGCAGGAUAACAGAACAAGUGGGUUUACCAGUAUCCUGCAUGUCACAGUCAGGACGCAUGAGUUUAAAAACCCUAGCAUCUAUGGCCUUGUUGCUUGGGACCAAAGACUGCUCCACUUCAAGUCUUCUGUUGGGCAUUGCUGAACAAAACCAGGCCCUGUCUGCUGCAGUGGAUGCUAACACAGAGGAGAAACGACUUCUGUCCAGAUUAGUGGUGAAGACAAAGAAAGCACAAGCUGAUGCUUCUGAUCUACAGAGGUCUCUUGAUGGUCUCCAGGAUCAAAUAGCAUUACAGACUCCUCAGCUGAAGAAAAAUGCACAAGAAACUGACUUUGUUAAACUCAAGUGUAAAGAAUAUGAGAAAAGUAACAGGGAACUUGAGGGAUAUCAAAGCAAAGCACAGUUAGAUUCCUCAAUCUACCACAUUUCCCUUGUUAAGAAGGCAGAGGAAGUGAGACUAAUUGAAGAAAAGAUGAAACCAAUGAAGAGGAAGUUAGAGGGUUACCAUAGCCUUCCACCUGAUAUUUCUCAAGCUAAGGUGAAAGUUGAAGAAGCAAAAAUGCAAUUGGAAAUGUUAGAGAAACAACUAUCCGUCAGCAUAGACACACUUCAUUUAUGAUCACUCUUCAUUGUUAUCAAAUGCAAGACUACUCUGGUCCAUUCAACACACAAAUGAAAAGGCAAAGGACAAGGAUUUGUUGGAACAAAAGCAACUGUGCAUAUGGCUUUAUAGUUAGUGUCUGGCUUGUGCUGUCCAAUGUUCCCUGGAGCUUGCCAAGAACAAUUUGGCCCAGUGUUGAUGCUAAGAAAGCAACCUUUGCAAGAUGGUGCCUGAAGGCACAAAAGCAUCAUUUCAAAUUGGCAUGAAGCAAGAAACCAGUUGAUAUAGUUGAACUCAUUUAUGGUUUGAAGUUAUGCUUGAAACACAGGCAAAGUGCAAGACUAUAUAUUUCAUAAGUUUAAUGGAUUCUUUCAGAAUAAAUAUUUAUUAUUACACACAAAUUAGGCAAAGAGAUACAUCUUCAAUGGACUAAAAAUAGCUAUGUUUUGGAAUGAAAUGAUGCCUGUUACAACAACAUGACAUCAACAAUUGAAAUAACAUUUUUGAUCUUAUGCAUGUUACAACACUUUGUUGAAAUGUCUUCAGGUGAAGUAGUAAACUUUAAUUAGGAAACUGUAAAAAGAAAAAAAGCAUUCAGAUUUUAAAGAUAAUGUAAACAGUAGUAAUAAUUUGAAGUGAUCCUUAUCCCAGACAUUUUAUGCAGAAAAAGUCAAGUUCCCUAUGUUCAAAUCUAGUUCAGUUGCUUUGGCUUACAAAAUAAACAUUCAU